CACAAGUCGCGCGAGCUAAUAUUUCCCGUGCCCGCGCCCUCUCGCGGUCGUCGCUCACUCCCUCCCUGCAUCGCCCGUCUUGAAGUAUUUAGCAUGUUCAAUGCAGUAGCCAGAGGCCGAGCAACUGCGUCGUCCCUCUUCCGUCACCGGAUACUGCCCCAAAGCUCCCCCAAGUUCAUCGCCAUGGCUCCAGUCAACGCGCGGCAGCAGUCCACCCUCCCUGCUGGCUACAAGGAAGACCACGCCAAGGGCGCGAUGCUUCGCUUUGAAGACUCUCUACCCCGUCUCCCCGUCCCAACCCUCGAAGAAACCGCAAAACGCUACCUUAAAUCCGUACACCCGCUGCUGAGCAAGCCCGAGUUCGAUGCCACCACAAAAGCCGUCAACGACUUCGUGGCCCCUGGAGGUCCCGGUGAGACACUACAGAAGCGCUUGAUUGCGCGGAGGGAGGAUCCAAACGUAAGAAACUGGAUCUACGAGUGGUGGAAUGAUGCGGCGUACAUGGCCUACCGGGACCCCGUGGUUCCCUACGUUAGCUACUUUUACUCCCAUCGUGACGACCGAAAACGCAGAAAUCCCGCCAAGCGCGCGGCUGCCAUCUCGACGGCCGUUCUCGAAUUCAAGAAGUCGGUGGACAGCGGCUCCUUGGAGCCUGAGUAUAUGAAGAAGCUCCCAAUGGCCAUGAGCUCGUACGAGUGGAUGUUCAAUUGCUCUCGUGUGCCGAAGAAGCCCUCGGACACGAGCGUCAAAUAUCCUGCUGAGGGCAACGCGCACAUAUUGGUCAUUCGGAAGAACCAGUUCUGGAAACUUCCACAUGAAAUCAAUGGCCAGCAACUGAACACAAGCGAGCUGGAGUUGCAGUUUCAGCGGAUAUACGAGAAGGCAGAGAAGAGUGCCCCCAUCGGUAUCUUAACAUCUCAAAAUCGAGACGUCUGGACCGACGUAUACCAACGUCUUAGCGCCUUGGACGUCAACAAGUCAGCCUUGCAAGCCAUCGAAUCCGCCUCGUUUGUUGUUUGCCUAGACGACGCGUCUCCGGUCACCCUAGAGGAGCGUGCACACCAAUACUGGCACGGCGAUGGGUCUAACCGAUGGUUCGACAAGCCCCUUCAAUUCAUCAUAAAUGACAACGGUACAUCUGGCUUCAUGGGAGAGCAUUCCAUGAUGGAUGGAACCCCCACGCACCGCCUUAAUGACUACGCAAACCAGCUCAUCUUCACAAACGCCCUCGACUUCGACGACCCGAACGUCCGUUCCAGCCUUCCCACCCCCACCCCGAUUCGCUUCGAACUCUCCGCUGAACUCAAGACCGACGUUGAGGCUGCUCAGCACCACUUUGCGCGCCAAAUCGGCGCGCACGAGCUCCGUGUCCAGGCCUACCAAGGCUACGGCAAAGGGCUCAUUAAGAAAUUCAAGUGCAGCCCAGACGCGUAUGUCCAGAUGAUCAUCCAGCUUGCGUACCACAAGUUUUACGGCAAGAACCGCCCCACGUACGAGUCUGCGGCCACGCGCCGCUUCCAGCAAGGCCGCACCGAGACGUGCCGCACUGUGUCAGACGAGUCCGUUGCCUUCUGCAACGCCAUGGCCGACCACUCGGUUGCGCCCGAGCAGGCGCAGAAGCUGUUCCGUGACGCUCUCAAUGCCCACGUCAAGUACAUCAGCGACGCGAGUGACGGACGUGGUGUCGACAGGCAUCUGUUUGGGCUGAAGAAGUGCCUGAAAGAGGGCGAGGACGUUCCCGGGCUGUACAAGGACCCUGCGUACAGCUAUUCGAGCUCGUGGUACAUCAGCUCGAGUCAGCUGAGCUCGGAGUACUUCAAUGGCUAUGGAUGGAGUCAGGUUAUCGACGACGGAUGGGGAAUCGCCUACAUGAUCAACGAGAACAGCCUCCAGUUCAACGUCGUGAGCAAGGGCCUUGGAUCUGAGCGCAUGUCCUUCUACCUUAACGAAGCUGCCGGCGACAUCAGAGACCUCAUGCUGCCGACGCUCGAGGCCCCGAAGGCGAAGUUGUAAGCUAUUAUAUCAGGGUGUUUAGCGAGCAGUAGUCCGUCUGGUCCUUUUCUUGCGUGUAUGUACCAUACGGACGAACUCUGCUGCACGAGAGUGUGAUGAAGUAGAUGAGCGUGGGCAUCUGUGUGACGAGAUAUACAGGUGGAAGCGAUGGUAGACGAGUGUCACUUUGGGAAACUCGACUGAUGCGAUCCAUGUGGCUGUGGCUGCUAUCUCGACUGCGUUGUCAUGUAGAGGAUAGACCAGCGGUUGCCUGAACCUAAGCGUGCUCCUGCUCGAAUUGGAACAAUUGAAGCUAUGACAG